GUCGUCUCGUCGUGUUCUACUCUUGUCACUUCAAUUUCAUUUCAUUGGUGUUGUGGAAAAUUAUUGAAAUAGAAAGUGUAAAGUGUUCAUAGUAGAGUUUUGAUAAAUAAAUUAGGAUAAGAUGUCACAAAUUUCUUAAUUAAUCAUAUUGAAAGGCGCUUGUUGUUUAUAAGGAAUCUUUACACAGUGAGGAAGCAAUAAAUAUUCAAGAUGGUUUUAGCAGAUUUAGGUCGGAAAAUCACGACUGCUUUACAGUCCCUUAGUCGGGCUACCAUUAUCAAUGAAGAGGUUCUGAAUUCUAUGCUAAAAGAAAUUUGCGCUGCUCUGUUGGAAGCAGAUGUUAAUAUCCGUCUAGUGAAGAACCUUCGUGAGAAUGUACGCGCUGUUAUCGACUUCGACGAGAUGGCUGGAGGCCUCAACAAGCGGCGGAUGAUCCAGUCAGCUGUUUUCAAAGAACUUGUCAAGCUUGUAGACCCAGGAGUAAAGCCAUAUCAGCCAGUGAAAGGAAAACCGAACAUCAUCAUGUUUGUAGGUCUUCAGGGUUCUGGCAAGACCACAACUUGCACAAAGCUGGCAUACCACUACUUAAGGAAGAACUGGAAGUCAAGUUUAGUGUGCGCUGACACAUUCAGAGCUGGUGCUUAUGAUCAAGUGAAACAGAAUUGUACUAAGGCCAGAAUACCCUUUUAUGGAAGUUACACUGAAGUGGAUCCUGUGGUGAUAGCCACAACAGGUGUGGAGAUGUUUAAGAAGGAGGGCUUUGAGAUGAUCAUUGUGGACACCAGUGGGCGGCAUAAGCAAGAGGAAUCACUCUUUGAAGAGAUGUUGGCGGUUGCCAAUGCCAUUAAACCUGACAACAUUAUCUUCGUGAUGGACGCCACAAUCGGUCAAGCUUGCGAAGCGCAAGCCAGAGCCUUCAAGGAGAAAGUAGACAUUGGUUCAGUGAUCAUCACCAAAUUGGACGGCCACGCUAAGGGUGGAGGUGCACUUUCAGCUGUAGCGGCAACACAGAGUCCCAUCAUUUUCAUAGGCACAGGCGAACACAUUGACGACCUAGAGCCGUUCAAAACGAAACCGUUCAUAAACAAACUGCUCGGCAUGGGCGACAUAGAGGGCCUGCUGGACAAGGUCAACGAACUCAAGCUGGACGACAAUGACGAGCUGCUGGAGAAGCUGAAGCAUGGCCAGUUCACGCUGCGCGCUAUGUACGAGCAGUUCCAGAAUAUUAUGAAGAUGGGACCCUUUUCACAGAUUAUGGGCAUGAUCCCAGGCUUCUCACAAGACCUCAUGUCUAAAGGCAGCGAACAGGAGUCAAUGGCUAAACUGAAACGACUUAUGACCAUCAUGGACUCAAUGAACGAGGGCGAGCUCGACCAUCGCGACGGUGCCAAACUCUUCUCGAAACAGCCAACUCGCAUCACCCGGGUCGCCCAAGGCGCGGGAGUCACAGAAAGGGACGUCAAAGACCUUAUUGCUCAAUACACCAAAUUCGCCGCUGUCGUCAAGAAAAUGGGAGGCAUCAAGGGCUUAUUCAAAGGCGGUGAUAUGGCAAAGAACGUUAACCAAACUCAGAUGGCGAAACUCAACCAACAAAUGGCUAAGAUGAUGGACCCAAGGAUCCUACAGCAGAUGGGCGGGAUGUCGGGACUACACAACAUGAUGCGGCAGCUGCAACAGGGCUCAAGCGGGAUGAAUAGUCUGAUGGGCGGCAAAUGACAGUAGAAUUUUAUUAUGUUAAGCCACCGAACUGUAAUUAAACAAUAUUAUAACCAAUAAAAACUGGAUACGGA